CAUAAUCAUUUAUUUGUUGCAAAUCUAACUUUAUUACGUCUAUAUCCGAGUGUUUAAGUUAGCAAUGGAGUCAUCAGCUUUACAGGGCAUAGAGAGCGUUUGCGUGAAGGCUGAGCCCUGUGAGGAUGUGUGUACAGAUGAGCCCACGGUCGAUGGAGUGUCUGUGAAAGUUGAGCGUUUGCUGGAUGACUCUAUAAAAGACGAGCCCAGGUGCGAGGGUGUGCCUAUAAAAGCCGACUCUUCAUGCUCAGAUGUGAGUAUGAAAGACGGGUCGCCCGGCGCGAGCGCGGCGGCGGAGCUGUAUACCGAUCACGCCGUCAAAGAUGAGCUCGUGCUCGGCCCCGUGCUAGUGGAGCGGCGCGUCCGCCAAGCACCAACAGCUUUCAACCUAGGGGUAGAAGUGAAGCAGUCAUGUGAGAUUGUCCCCGGGAGGCCCCUUCUGAAGGACUGCUGUGUCAGGCUGGAGCGUCUCGUUGUGGAAACCCUGCACACUACUCGGAGCACAGACCGGGCCAGCCAGAGACAAGGACGUGAAGCUGAUGUAGAAUGUGGAUACAGGAACACCACAGUUGAGAAUGUUAAAGGAAACUGUCACGAUCAAUCUCCUCGGAUGACACAAAGUGGUAGACCUAUAAUAUACCAAUGUGCCCACUGUAAACAUGCAACAUCUAGAAAAGCUUGCUUAAUCACGCAUUUGAGAAAACAUGCGAAACCAUACAAGUGUGAGCAAUGUAGUUAUGCAUGUGUCGAAAAAAGAUAUUUGCAAAGUCAUAUAAGAAAACACACUGGCGAUAAGCCUUACAAAUGUGACCAAUGUAAUUAUGCAUGUUUCGAAAAAAGAUAUUUGCAACGUCAUAUAAGAAAACACACUAGCGACAAGCCUUACAAAUGUGACCAAUGUAAUUAUGCAUGUUUCGAUAAAGGAUAUUGGCAACGUCAUAUAAGAAGACACACUGAAGACAAGCCUUACAAAUGUGACCAAUGUAAUUAUACUUGUGUCGAAAAAAUAUAUUUGCAACGUCAUAUAAGAAAACACACUGGCGACAAAACAUACAAAUGUGAGCAAUGUAAUUAUGCAUGUUUCGAAAAAAGAUAUUUGCAACGUCAUAUAAGAAAACACACUAGCGACAAGCCUUACAAAUGUGACCAAUGUAAUUAUGCAUGUUUCGAUAAAGGAUAUUGGCAACGUCAUAUAAGAAAACACACGGGCGACAAAACUUACAAAUGUGAGCAAUGUAAUUAUGCAUGUGUCAAAAAGAGAUAUUUGCAACGUCAUAUAAUAAAAAAACACACUAGCGACAAGCCUUACAAAUGUGAGCAAUGUAAUUAUGCAUGUUUCGAUAAAGGAUAUUGGCAACGUCAUAUAAGAAAACACACUGAUGACAUUGACAAACCUUACAAAUGUGACCAAUGCUAUUAUGCUAGCAGCCAAAAAGAUAAUUUGGAAGUCCAUGUUAGUAGACACACUGACGAAAAGCUUUUUCAACUUCAUGUGAGGACUCACAAAUGUGCGGUGUGUAAUUUUGCUAGCGCCAAGAAACGUGAUUUGCGAGCACAUUUAAAGAUACACACUGGUGGAAAGCCUCAUAAAUGUGGGGUGUGUAAUUUUGCUAGUGCCUGGAAAUAUCAAUUGCGAAAUCAUUUAAGGAUACACAAUGGUGAAAAACCUUACAAAUGUGACCAGUGUAGUUAUGCUUGCAGACAAAAAUAUUAUUUGAAACGUCAUAUAAGAAACCACACUGGCGACAAACCUUACACGUGUGAGCAAUGUAAUUAUGCAUGUGUCGCAAAAAUAUAUUUGCAACGUCAUAUAAGAAGAAAACACACUGGCGACAAGCCUUACAAAUGUGACCGAUGUAAUUAUGCAUGUGUCGAAAAAAUAUGUUUGCAACGUCAUAUAAGAAGACACACUGGCGUCAAGUGUUACAAAUGUUUACGAUUCCAUGAAGGUAAACAUAUUAAUGACGAGUUUACAGGCUCAAAUAAUUGUUCUCUAGAUCUUGAACGACAGUGUAAAGGUAAGAAGCCUUAA